AUGUCCGUUGUCCCGAAUCCAGCAUUCAAUGCUAAAAAGCAACUUAUCUGUGGGGUAAGCGUGAUCAUAAGCGUUUCGGCAGAAAACAAUCAGCAAGUAGUGGCCAGGUGGAUGUGCGACGGCAGAAUUGACUGCUCAGACCAUUCUGAUGAAGACGAUUCGGUAUGCUUAAAACGACCGCAACACGGACCCCUGGAUGGUUCUAGUCGAUAUGUGCCUCAUACGAUAAAAUGUCCCAAAGGAUGGUUCAUGUGCAGGGACAGUUCCAAAUGUAUCGCUUCUCGAUUUGUGUGCGAUCAGAAAAAUGACUGCAAGGACGGAUCAGACGAGCGAGAAUUUUGUCACGGCUGGCAAGCGUUGAAGAGAAACUGUGGUUUCAUCCUUGACGACGUCAUUCAUGAACAAAUUCAAACGAAUCUCUGCGUCCCUGAUAUACGAAUCCGUAUCUCGCAUGACGUCGUUCUCGACAAGAGUCGAGGAACCUACGGAUCGAUCCACCUGCAGAAAAUAACAAUGACUGACUAUUAUUCCCAUUUGGCAAAGGUUUGA